AUGUCGCCUCCUAGGAACAAGUCUGACAGUGGCGAUAUUUCUGCCAAAUGGGAAUGGAUCGUCGCUGGUCGGAAAUCUCUAAUCGCAAAUCCGCAAGCCACCGACCCCUCAGUGGGACCAUAUAUAGCCAAGCAGCGACGGCGCUACGCCAUCCGCAAAUCCGACGGAGGAUCGUCAAUUUCUGACCUGAAAUAA